GGAUAGCGUAAACAUAACAUAUUUCAGGGAAAACUCUCUCUAAAAUGCCCGUUUUGCUGUGCUAUUUUGGACAGUAACCUAAUCCCGAAGCAGAAUGUUUAUGGACGACAGUGGCAUCGACAGCGGAGACAGGCUGGAGUCGCUGCUGAUUGACGAGCUCGGCACCUUCACAGAAGGCCAUCACGUGAAGGACACGACGGUAAGUGCUGGCAAGGCUAGCGUCGAUUCCGAUGCGGAAAGUGACAUCUUCUCGAAGCUGCACGACUUCGAUGUGGUGUUUGAGGAUCCGCACGAAAAGUUGCAGGAUCCGGCCCGGGCUGCAGCUGCCGUUGCGGCUGCUCCGGUUCCAGAUGGUGCGUACUUCCCCGCCGGACGACGCGAGCAUCCCGCGGGGCGGAAGGUUCUCGUGAGCGACAACAGUACCGACUCGUUUACAUCCUCUUCGGCGACUUCCAAUGGUGGUGGUACUCCGAUGGCAGCACCCGGGACGGGCAGUGUGGAUGAUGGGUCACUGGUGCGUGAUCACAAUGGCACCGCCCAGCUGAGCACCUGUAAGAUUUUGCAGCGCAAGCUGGAGUUGAAGGUGGAACGGGCCAAACGUAACUACAAACAGAUGUAUCAUGAUAACCAGGAAUCGGUCGAACGGGAACCGAAGAUAAGCAGUCUGAUACCAAUCUCCCGGCUCCCGAUUCCUGCCUGCCGGGACAGUCAUCAGCUCGUCGAUGUGAACACGGGUUUCAACAGCGACGACGACCUUGAGAACGUAUCCUUCUUUCCACGGGCACGAAAGACGAGCGGAACGCAGGCCCGGCAGGAACUGUCGGACACCUUCAGCAUCCAGGAGAUGACGAUCGAGUCAGACAACGACGAUCUGGACUUUGAGCAAUGUCGCAAGCUGUCGGAUAGCAAGGGCUACCGGAAGAUCCUCAAUCGAAGCGGCAGUGGAGGGAGCGCAGGGGGUGGACCGGAUGACUAUCUGGACAAUGACACGCUGGACGAAGACGACGACUCGCAGAACUUGGAGCUACUACCACCGAAGGGUGGAUACGCACUGAAGGAGCGAUUGCGACGACUGUUUUGUUGCUGCAGGAAGGACGACUUCCUGUGAUAGCGGAAGGGCACGCGAGGGGCCGUUGCAAGAUGGCUUCGCUGCUGUUGAGUUUCUUUUAUUUUAGUAUUUUUUCUAGUGCAAAAUGCGGGCUUCCGAGGUGCUAGCGUCCACGCGUUCCAGGACGAGGCGGAAGCUUAAUACAAAUAUUAUCAAUCUGCUGAAAAUAUACAUAACGAAGACAAACUAAUCGCUG